AUGUCCGACGUCGCCGCCACCGACCCUGUGAAGGCUCGACUCCUCGUGAACGCUCUUGAAACACCGACUCGACUAUCAAGAUCAUCGCUUAUUGUGGUUAUUGUGUGUGUGUGUGUGUGUGUGUGUGCUCCCUCUCUAACUCACCUACGUGUCCCCCACAGAGCCUACUCCCGCCAGUCUCCAGUCCCGGUGGGUGACCUCUGCCCCCCCGCCUCAUUCCGCCGUCCCGCCACAUUCAGGGCCUCCACCGCCGCCCUGGAGCAGCAGCAGCCUACCGUGGUGGUCACUGAAGUGGAGGAGAGUAGCCUAACUAAUCUCACAGCACAGCUCGGCACCUCCGUCUUUCUCCCGUGCCGGACUGAGGAACCCACGGAAAGACAGGUGUCGUGGGUGCGGCGGCGGGACUGGCACAUUCUCACCUCGGGCACACUCACCUACACGCGGGAGGGAAGGUUCGCUGUGCACCACCCAGAAGGCAGCACUGAGUGGACGCUGGCCAUCAAGUACGUCACGCUGGACGACGCUGGCACUUACGAAUGUCAGGUAUCGACAGGAGAUGGCCUAGCGUCGCACCUUGUGGUUCUGGAGGUGGUAGCGCCGCGUGCUGUGAUUCCAGGGCAAGGCGUCCACCACGUGCAGGCUGGCUCCACCAUCUCUCUCACCUGCCUCAUUGAACAGAGUCCCGAGGCGCCGCAGUACAUCUUCUGGUACCACGACUCCCGCAUGAUUAACUACGACAGGCGGCGCGGCGGCGUGGAGGUGCGCGUGGAGGCGGGACCCAAGGUCGCCUCGCGCCUCAAGGUGAGCGGAGCUCGGCCCGAAGAUUCCGGUAACUACACUUGCGCCGCCGCCAACACAGAGGCCGCCUCGGUCUUCGUGUACGUCACGGAUGAUAAUAAGAUCGCUGCAGUUCAGCCCCGAGCUCUGGGGCGUGGCACCUCCCACCAGGUCACCCUCCCAGCGCUGGGUGUGAUGUUGCUGGCCGUGGUGCUGCACGCGCGCUGACCCUUCAGCUCCAAGCAUCUCCCUGGCCUUCAUGUCUUCCUUCACACUGCGGACAGCAUCCUUAAACGUUUUGGUGUCUCAUCUCGACUCGACUACUUUGAACAGGGCGUGGUGGAUACAGGGCGUGGUGGAUGAUAUAGGAGUGUUCAAGGGUAUUUUGAUGAUUACAUUGAUAGUUUACCAAAGAUUCUGAAGCGUCAGUAAGAAAAGCUCCAUUAGAACCCGACUAGGGACUUUUCACAGCUGCAGUGAAAGUUAUUGUGGUCUUCAAGGGUGUUUUAAAAAUUCCAGUGAUGGCUCACCAAAAAUUUUGCAUCAUUAGUGAGGAAAAAAGAAGAAAACCGUCUCCAUGAACGUGACAUUAUCUGGGACCGCUGGAAAGCUGUCCCAGUAAGAGAACACAACGUUUAAGAAUACAGGCUUCAGUAUGUCAGGGGUUCAGCGUGUCCCCACUGGUCACUACCCUCGCCCCAGCACCAGACGGCUACAACCACCUGCACUGGCGACUCACACGACUACUAGACAAAGGCGCAAAAGCUUUUGAAGGGACGGAGUUUACUGGGAAUCAUAUUGUCCUGCUACUUCCUUCCUCAAGCACGAGCAUUAUUAACAGACAAGCUGUAUUCCCUCACAGUAAGGGAUAACUUAAAGAUCAGCAGCUACACCUGUCUCUGGUAUAAGGUGAAAUAGGUUAGGUUAGCUUAAAUGUUCUAAUCUAAUCAAACUUAACAACCUGACAGUGUGUGUGUGUGUGUGUGUGUGUGUGUGUGUGUGUGUGUGUGUGUGUGUGUGUGUGUGUGUGUGUGUGUGUGUGUGUGUGUGUGUGUGUGUGUGUGUGUGUGUAUGCGUGCAUGUGUGUGUGUGUGUGUGUGUGUGUGUGUGUGUGUGUGUGUGUGUGUGUGUGUGUGUAAUAACACAAAAAUAAUAUUUUGGUUUAUUUGUAAUGGCAGCUUACAGAGUCAGCUGAAAAUUCUACAUUUUAUCAUACUUAUACAUAUCCUUAUAUAGUGACAUUCAUACAUCUAAGUCUAUACAGCCCAAUGGUGGUGUCUACAUCCCGAUAACGCGGCUGCUAGAUAGCACCAUAUAAGCCUAGUGACAUAGGCCCGGGGUGGUCAGGCCACCCUUUGUGUAUUCUUUUUUUUUUUUUUUUCAUGAGAUUGUUUCUUCUCCCUAGCAGCGGGCGCAACUUCCGACUAACACCAGGUACCUAAUUAUUGCUAGCUGGACAGGGGCCACACACCUGAAUAGAAGCCUUGCCCAAAUGACUUCUGAUCUGACCAAUGGAUCGAACCUUGGCUCUCUCGAUUGUGAGUCAGGCACCAUCGUGUGUGUGUGUGUGUGUGUGUGUGUGUGUGUGUGUGUGUGUGUGUGUGUGUGUGUGUGUGUGUGUGUGUGAAACUGCUUAUUCUCUAUACCUCACCUCACGAUGGGCAACCUACCCUACCCUAACUUAACAUGAACAAAGAAAGAACGCUUGAGGCAAAGGAUGAGAUAACGUUAUUUCGAUCUUACCUAACUGGCUCGCCUUAGCCAUGAAGAGAAGAACAGCCAGGAACCACAUUCUCAAAUGUUUU